ACAGCCUCUGUGCAAAGUAUCGACCAUGCCUAUGAUAUUUUCAGAGCACAUGGAACAGUACGACCUCGAAACCGUGUUUCCUCAACCUGGACCCUUUGCCAUCAUGCGCAGCGAAGAGGUCGAUGUCGUCGCCGUUCACGGCCUCAAUAUUGAGGCUCGCUAUCUUGUUCACAGAGACACCUGGUCCUACCGGGGCAAAGUUUGGCCCAGAGAUAUUCUUCCUAGCUGCUUCGACAAACAAUGCCGCGUCAUGCUCUUCUCCUACAACGACGGUCUUUCUGUUAACGACGAAGACACGAAUUUCACCAAGCAUGCUGACCGCCUUCUCCGCCUUCUCAUGGAGAAGCGAAGGGAUGACCCUACAAGACCACUGGUAUUCAUUUGCCAUGAUGUAGGCGGACUUAUUGUCAAGGAGGCCCUUGCCAAGGCUCACUUGGAUAAGUCGGGCACCAUCAUCUCCAUCGAUCAGUUUACUCGACUCCUAGUCUUCUUCAACACUCCCCAUCAUAACGUUGCCAAGUCUGUGCGCAACAUUGCCAGUGCUGCCGUCCGUCCCACUCCUCCCCAUGUCUUGGACAUGCUCGACAAGGCCUGCAACGAGCACGUAGAGCGUAUCGCGCCUCUUGAGGCGCGAGGACGUCUUUACCGCAGACGCCUCGUCAUCAAUUUCCAUGGAUGCAACUGGUACCGUGGGAAGCGACUUCUGGUCGAGAAGGAGGAUUCCAUGUGCAACGUCAGACACGAAUACUGGGAGAAGCACUUCACCAUUUACGGUGACCACACUUCCAUUUGCAGGUUUCCAAACAGCGACGACGUCACUUGCGAAACCGUGCUGAAGACGAUUGGCCUCAAUACCUUUCUUGCUAUGCGUAUGUAUCCUGUUUCCGACAUUCUCAAUAGACCGAGGUUCCGUCUCUAA